CCACCUCGCGAUUGUGGCUGCAGUAACCGGUUUCUGCGCAGCAGCAGAAAUGUAACCUUGUUCUGGACGGCGUGAGAUCAUCGAGGCACGGAGACUAGUUUUGACUUCGGGCCAAUCUUCCGGGAAGGUAGUAAUCUCAACUUCUUCAAUGUCCCUGAAUCUAGAAAGGAUCUUGGAUUCAUAUGAGUUGUUGAAUGAUUCUUCGGAUAUGCCUGCAUUGAAAAUGUGAAGUCGGAGAGAUUUCAGGCGAGCUUGACCAAGAUAAUUCAACAACGACAUCAUCUUCUGUUCCCAAGUUUUCGAAUUCCGUCGAAAAUACAAGGAAAGUUCGACUUUUCGGAGACUGAAUAGCACAUUCUGACCCAAUGAAUGUAGGAAUUUUGGUGAGGCAUAUGCAAUCUGUAAAAGUAAUAGGCUCCAAAAUCUUUGUCUUUCCCCCAGUUCAUGAGUUGAUUCAGAUCAAGCCACGCACGUGCGCCGUGAUGCGCGCGAAGGAGAAUAGGUUUGCUUUUGGGCUUACGAUUCACCAUAUGGUAGUUUUCAUGUGCGGGUAGCGCAUAUUCGAAGAUGCGAGUUCGGAGCUCCUCAGGUAACACGUUGAACCAAUGCACCUCCCCUGGGAACCUACUCCAUGGUAUCAUGCGCUUGAAGUUUGGCGAGGCAGAUAAGAGAUCACGUAGCUUGGCUUGCACCGGAAUUGCAUGACGCCAGAAAGCGAUCGUUCCUGGCUCAUAUAACUCCUCGAAAAGGAAGUUGAUGUUUGUAGUGUGAACGUCCCAGAUACGUUCGAUGAAUCCGAAAGGAGUUUGCUGUGAUGUC